UGUAUAUUACCAUCCGGUAUCCAGGAAGCGAUAAAAUGUAGCAGCAAAUGUGCAGUUUAGUUACUUAUAAACACCGAGCAUUAGUGUUGACUAAUUUUAAAUACUGAAAAUACAAUGGAACCAGAAGUCGUAUCGUCAUUUUUCUGUAAUACUUUACAAGAAAAAAGUUCUCCUGAUAUAAGCGAGGAAUUUUUAAAUUUAGCGGACGAAUUAAACCUUUCCCUCGAACAGUUUGAAAUUCCCAAAAAAGUAGAAGCAGUUUAUAAUCCUACAAUAUAUGCGAGGCAAACAUUUGAAAUGUAUGUGAAAAAAUAUUGCAACUCACCAAAACCUAUUAUUUACUUUGGUAUGAAUCCUGGACCUUAUGGAAUGUCUCAAACUGGAGUACCGUUUGGUGAAAUAAAUGCAGUGAGCAGUUGGCUGGGAAUAACUGGACCUGUGAACAAACCACCUUCUGAAAUUAAAGCUCGACCUGUAUUGGGUUUUGAAUGCACCAGAUCUGAAGUCAGUGGUAAAAGAUUUUGGGGCCUAUUCAAAAAUUUAUGUGGAACACCAGACAAUUUCUUUAAAUCCAGUUUUGUGUACAAUUACCUGCCCCAACAGUGGAUGACCAAGUCAGGGUGCAAUGUGACCCCUGGGGAGUUCAAAAAAGGUGAAAUACAAGAAUUAUACAACAUAUGUGACAGAGUCUUCAGUAAAGUUCUUGAACUGUACAAAGUUGAAAAAAUUGUUGCUAUUGGGAAAUUCUGUGAGACUAGAGCCAAGGAAACAUUGAAAAAAUAUCCUUCCUCCAAAACUAUUCAGAUCUUCUACUUACCACAUCCCAGCCCAAGAGUUUUGCACAAUAACAAUUGGGAUGAAACAGCAACGAAAUUUCUUCAAGACAAUAAUUUGCUGCAAUAUUAUGAGCAUGCCUCUCACUAGCAGUUAAAGU